CUCCGCCGCCGCCGCUGCCUGCUGCCCGGGCUGGCUGCUGGCCCCCCGGGCCCGGGAUGACGCCACCACUCGCUCCGCCCAGGCGCAAACUCGUUCCCUGCGUUCAUUUCAUUCCUGCUCUCAUUCCGAGCAUUCUUCGCAUCUCUGUCAGUGCGUGAAGCGAUUCACCUCCACCUUUCCUGGCCGGCCCAUAAACACCAGAAUAACUUGACAUAGUAUUCAAAAUCCCCACUAACAUCACAUUAGCAAAAGAAAGGGACAUUUGUAGAUGACAUAUCAAUAACGAGUUGGAGCCUUUUCGGACCACCUCGGAGAAAGAAAGAAAACAAACACAAGAGACUUGUUGCUUCAGCGCGGCUGACGGCGCCGCUUUAAGAUCGCCAUCGAAGUUUAAGUGUCUCUCCCUAGUUUGCUCCAGGCUUCAGCUUGGAGAACCCAGCCGCCAAGAUUGAUCCCAGCAGCUGGAGCGGCAGCGAGAGCCCUGCCGAGGACAUGGAGCGGAUGAGCGAUUCAGCGGACAAGCCUGUGGACAACGAUGCCGAAGGGGUCUGGAGUCCUGACAUAGAGCAGAGCUUCCAGGAGGCCUUGGCCAUAUAUCCCCCAUGUGGACGCAGGAAGAUCAUCCUGUCAGAUGAAGGAAAGAUGUAUGGUCGAAAUGAGCUGAUAGCCAGAUACAUCAAGCUUCGGACUGGAAAGACAAGAACUCGCAAGCAGGUGUCUAGUCACAUACAGGUCUUAGCAAGAAAGAAAGUUCGAGAAAUCCAAGCUGCCAUUAAGGUACGUCUGGCUUUGCCCAGUUGCAGGGGGCUUUUCAUUGCCAUGGUUACAGGCUCUUCCUUUGUUUUCCUCCCCUCCCCUACCCCGCAGGUGUCUAGUCACAUUCAGGUUCUUGCCAGAAGAAAAUCUCGUGAGUUUCAUUCCAAGCUAAAGGUCACGAGUAUGGACCAAGCGGUGAAGGACAAAGCCCUCCAGAGCAUGGCCUCUAUGUCCUCGGCUCAGAUCGUCUCUGCAACGGCAAUCCACAACAAACUCGGCCUGCCAGGCAUCCCUCGGCCCGCCUUCCCAGGAGCAGGGUUAUGGCAGGGUAUGAUAUCAGCUGGUCAGCCAGGAUCCUCACAAGACAUUAAGCCUUUCACCCAGCAACCAUAUCCCAUCCAGUCAGCAGUUACAACAGCCAUUUCAAGUUAUGAACCUGCUGCCGCUCCAGCUCCCACAGCCCCAGCAUGGCAAGGCCGCUCCAUCGGCACAUCUAAACUCAGACUGGUGGAGUUUUCCGCCUUCCUAGAGCAACAGAGAGACCAAGACUCGUACAACAAGCACCUGUUUGUACACAUCGGACAGACCAAUCACUCCUACAGCGACGCCUUGCUGGAGUCUGUGGAUAUUCGUCAAAUUUAUGAUAAAUUUCCUGAGAAGAAAGGAGGAUUAAAGGAGCUGUAUGGAAAAGGUCCUCAGAAUUCUUUUUUUCUCAUCAAAUUCUGGGCCGACCUAAACUGCAACAUUCAAGAUGAUGCUGGAUCAUUUUAUGGAGUGACCAGCCAGUAUGAGAGCUCAGAGAAUAUGACCAUAACAUGUUCAACAAAGGUCUGCUCCUUCGGCAAGCAGGUUGUUGAGAAAGUAGAGACUGAAUAUGCACGCUUUGAGAAUGGUCGCUUUGUCUACCGGAUAAGCCGGUCUCCCAUGUGUGAAUACAUGAUCAACUUUAUCCACAAGCUAAAACAUCUCCCAGAGAAGUACAUGAUGAACAGUGUCCUGGAAAACUUCACCAUCUUAUUGGUCGUGUCAAAUAGGGACACCCAGGAGACGUUGUUAUGUAUGGCUUGUGUGUUUGAAGUGUCGAACAGCGAGCACGGCGCCCAGCACCAUAUCUACAGACUGGUAAAGGAAUAAACCAGUCUGUUUUGUUUUUUCGUUUUUCUUUAUGGACUUAUCAACCUCCAAAACAAGUGGCAGUGCCUCUGCAUUGAAAGUCAACCUUUCAAUGCUCUUUGGUUGAGGUAUGAGGUGAAGUUAGUGUGUUGUAAGUGUUGUUUGACCACAGCUGUGAAAUAUGGUACAGUUGUUUUAUGAUCUAUUGGGAACUUAAUGGGAAUUUUCAUUUUUCAAUAUGUUUAGUUGGUUGUUUCAAUGAGAUUUAUUUGUCAAAUGGAAAUCUAUGUGUAGUCUCUUUCUGAUUUGUUAUACCAACUGAGAGGGAAAAAGCCUGUGAUGGUCUGUGCAUUUUGGGUUGAGAGUGUUUUAAAAAAAUCUGUGUUUCAUAAUUUGUUUCAAUACAUCUUGUAGAAAACCAUGUUCUCACAGCGAAAUAAACCUCCCAAAGACACAUAAAUAACACUACAAAUACAUGUCAGUGACUGAAAUCAUAUGGAUGUAAAAAUGUGUAAAUAUUUUUGUUGAAACACUCCAAAUUUCAGACAGACAAGAAAUACACUGUGAAAUAAGGAGGUACAG